AUGCCGCUCCCUGUCGGACGCCGCGUCACAACUGCAUCGGUCCUCCCUGCAAAGUGCGAGCUUCCAAGGAAGCUCGCAAGUCGCGCUAGGACACUGCGUGAAACUGCUCGCUCCAUCAGCUGCCCCGAGAGGGUGAAAGAUCUGGGGUCCCAUUCGUUGCUGCAUCUUUCCUGUCUGUUGUCUUGUCAGUUCUACAUGGUGACGGUGAAGACACAAUCAUGCAAGGUGCUGCAGCUGGUGACCCUCACCGCUCCGCUGGGCACUCUGGCUGCUGCUGCACAUGCAGUCAACACUCAAGCACACCUGCAGAGGCCUCCCACUGCAAAUCGACGGGCCUUCCUGGACACCGCCGCACCACCCAGAUCUGGCAGCCGGCAUCCAUCUCGCCUGCGGCCAUGGCGCGUUCAAACGAGGCUCUACUCUCUGCCGGCGCUUUCCGAUGAGUCGACCAAUGCAACCACGGUCUCGUCAGCCGAUUAUGAGGAAUAUUCCGGACGGCGCAAGGCCGCUCUCGACGUUGCCCUUCGGUCCUUCGACCUCUCCCCGCCUCAGCUCGCCAAUGAAUCGACCAUGCAUACGACGAGAGAUGCAGCAGCAUCAGCAGCAUCAGCAGCAGCAACGGCACCGGCUGUUGACCGGUGCAUCGACUGGGAUGGCUUCGGGAUGUCCGCUCAGCGGACCUACUACACCUACGUUCGGCCACACCCCUCCAAGCUGGCUGGUCUGCAGAGGGAGCCGCUGGAGAGGUCGGCGUGGCGGACCGCUGCGCAGAUCGCCGGGCUGGUGCGGGCCUACCAGAACUCACUGAAUGCCUUCUUUCGCAACCAGGACUCGACCCGCCCGAAGCUGCGCGAGGCCGGCGGCCGAAACCCCCUGGUGGUGGUGCUUGACAAUGUCAGGUCCGCACACAAUGUUGGCAGCAUCAUCAGGUGGGUGAGAAGAUCCAUUCAUCCGCAGCCACGGUCCCAUAUGUGUGUGGUCAGGACGGCCGAAGCGGGAGGUGUGGAGCGAGUGGUGGUGUGCGGUAUCACGCCGCACCCGCCGCACCCCAAGUUGGACAAGACGUCGCUUGGGGCGCACGAGCACAUUCCUGUGCACCACGUGGGGACCUGUGUGGAGGCGGUCCGACAGCUCAAGGAGGAAGGGUGAGCCGAGUAACAAGUGUGGGCAGGGCAGAUUGUGUGCUGUGUGUGGUAUGUGUAGUUUCACAAUAGUGGUGCUCGAGACGACUGACAGGAGCCAACCGCAUGUCGAUGUAAGCGACCAUGAGCACGCCAGGACCAUGCCUGUCUGUCUCUGUGUGUGUGUGUGUGUGGUAUCUUGGCGUCCGUCAGAUAUCCUUUCCUCCGAAGACGGCUGUCGUGUUCGGCAAUGAAGUGUCGGGCGUGGCCACUGAUGUGCUCCACCUGGCAGGUAUGGGUGUGCGAAAGGCCGCAUCAACGCACCAGACCACACCAGACCACACCAGACCAGACCCCCAAAUGUGUGUCCUUCGUUCAUGCAGACGUCUUGUGUGAGAUUCCGAUGUUUGGAGUGAAGAACUCUAUCAAUGUUGCUAACGCGGCCAGUAUUGUGGUGUUCGAGGUACUCAGGCAGUGGAGGGCCUUCGACCGGCUCAAGCAGACAGUGAACGAAGAGUAGGAUGAGAUGAGGGGUGUAUGGUGGUGGUGCACCGCCGUCCUCGCUUGUCUUCGCUCGAGGUCUGUCUCGGCCUGUUUGUGCGCGGCGGCUCCGUGCACAUUUGCCGAGAUGGACGGCGAGUGAAGGUGGUGUGGUUUUGGAUGGGAUGGAUGGCAUAGCUGGGUGUGUGGGGCUGGCUUGUGGGGUGGGUCGGACCAUGACCAUUGUGUCUGUGCAGUGCACGGGAGGCAUCCAUCCAUCCGUAUACAUAACACCAUGAUGGAGUGCAAGUCAAGUCUGUCGGUCG